AUUCAUAGCUUCCUACUCGAUAAAAUAUUUUAUAAAAGUAUCGUUUUUAUAAUUAAUUAGUACUACAAUCGACUGCGUCUCAAGAUGUCAAAACUAUAUAAUGUACUAUUAGUUUUGUGUCUAGCCUGUGGAACUUUAGGGGAGAAUAACUAUGAGGGAUACAAGUUGUAUCAAAUUACGCCAAAAACAGAAGAUCAAGUGGAAUUCCUUCACCAAUUAGACUCCAACGGCCAUUUUGACUUCCUGAGACACAGUCGUCUGUUAGGAGACAAUAGCGAGGUCAUAGUUGCGCCGGAAAUCCAAGAUUUUUUCGAAAAUACCCUGAUAAACUUUACCGCUUCCGGUUUGGAGUAUAAAAUAACUGUAGAAAAUGUUAGAGAAGCAUUGGAGACAGAAACAGCACCAAACAGUACGAAUCAUUACCAAGCAUCCAGCUCACUCUUUACAGAGUUUGUAUCACACGCAGUGAUGAACGAAUAUUUGCUUACUUUGGAACGCUUAUAUCCUCAUAUUGUCCAAGUGGAAUCCAUAGGCAGAACUUUCGAAGGCAGAGAUCUACUCUUAAUAAAAAUAGGAGCCAAUCCCAACAAUCCCACCAUACUGGUAGACGCGGGCAUCCACGCCAGAGAAUGGAUAGCGCCACCAGUGGCAUUAUACAUCAUUAACCAGCUAGUGGAGAACCCGGCCAACUACCGACUCUACCAGAACGUUAAUUGGAAUAUAAUUCCCAGCCUAAAUCCGGACGGAUACGAAUUCUCCCGGUCCUCCACAUGGAACAGGCUAUGGAGAAAAACACGUCAACCUAACCAAUCGAGCACCUGCAUCGGAACAGACCCAAACCGUAACUUUGAAUAUUACUGGAUGUUUGCUGGGGCCAGUGCUGACCCCUGUGACGAGAUAUAUGCUGGUCCACAACCAUUUUCCGAGCCAGAAACAGCAGCACUCGCAACAUACGCUCUCAGAAACAGAGAUCAGAUCAAGUUGUACAUCAGUUUUCAUAGUUAUGGAAAUAUGAUACUAUAUCCAUGGGGAUACACUAACGAUCUGCCAGAUAACGCUGAGGAACUCCAGUGGCUUGGUGAAUUAGCAGGCUUGGCAAUUGGUAGAGUUAGUACCCUCAAUUCUCGUUACGUAGUUGGUAGUUCCACAAACGUUCUCUAUGCAGCAGCUGGUGGAAGUGACGAUUGGGUCAAAGGAGUAACGGGUGUUGGUUUGGCUUACACCAUCGAACUUCCAGCAGGAGGUCUUUUUGGAUUCAAUCCACCAGCAACUAGCAUUCUGCCCAUUGUGCAAGAGACGUUUGAAGGCAUUACAAUAUUCCAUGCAUAUGUAGAAGCAGCAUAUAGCAAAAAUUAAAACACAAUUGUUUUUUUUCCUCAAUCUAAAUAAAUAUUAUAUUUAUACUAAUA